CACUGCUUUCUGUGCGGCGCCAUCGAACACGUUCGUAUUGCUGACUGUGACACCCUGAGGAGCUAUAGUUCCUGGUGGCAUGCCCAUCUGAGGCGGUUGAUUCGGAUAACCAAGUGCAGCUUGAGGAGGCACUACUGCGCCGGGUGGUGGAGGGCCUCUUGCCCAUUGCUGCGGCAUACCAGCGUAUGGCGGGUAGCCUUGCGGUACCGCCAUACGAGGAGGCGGCAUAAUACCCCCAGGAAACCCUCUAGGUGGAGGUGGAGGUCGCAUCGGCAUACCGACACCAGGUGGAGCCAUUCCACCCGGAAACUGCAUCGGAGGAGGCGGUCGGCCGCCAAUAAACGGCACACCUUGACCAGGAUAACCGCCCAUCAUAGCCUCACCUGGCACGCCUUCCAUGCCAUAGACCUCGACUUCGACGCUUUCUUUGCCUGGUUUGGCGUUCGGGAUGCUCUUGAGCGUCUCCUUGUGCACCUGCUGGGUGUGGAUGAUCAUGCCACUGAUGGUGCUGAGCUUCUUGUGGCACGUGGGGCACUUGAAGUGGCGCGCUUUCUGGUGCAGGAUCAGCACUUUCUCGUCAUCAAAGUUGCGAUCACAGUAGUAGCAGAAGAUGCGUCGCUGCGUGGCCUCGCCGGCGCCGUCAUCGCGCCGCUUCUUCUUGCCCAUAGUUGCCGACCUUCUGCUGCGAUCCGUUAUCGGUGUAUAUAUUAUGUGUAGAACACAAACAAACGAAUGUGGACAACAUCAAAUUUCAAAUUGCACACUUCCAGCAACACACUGUAUUUCACUAUGGUGGGUGUGUUGUUCGUGUGUCUUGGCAACAUUUGCCGCAGUCCAGCAGGCGAGGCUGUGCUCAAGGGCAUCGUGGCCAAGAAGGCGGGCGCGGAUGCAGCCUCGUUCCACAUUGACUCGUGCGGCACUGGAGGCGGCAAUCCGAACUGGUACGGUGCCGGUGGCUGGUCGUACCACGAGGGAGAAGCAGCAGAUUCACGCAUGACCAAAGAGGCCAAGAAGCGUGGCUACAUCAUGACGUCACGCUCACGGCCGUUGAAUAAGCAGGAUAUCGACGAGUUCGACUACAUCAUUUGCAUGGAGGAUAAGAACAAAGAGGCUGUGUUGGAGGCCGCGGAGGCCUGGGGUGGCGUACCCUGCCGUGACCUCGCUGACCAGAAGAUCUCCAUGAUGACCGACUACUGCAAGACCAUCAAGGACGCCACCCGUGUGCCAGAUCCGUGGUACGAAGGUGGCUUCGACCACGUACUGGAUCUGCUGGAAGACGCUUGUGACGGGCUGUACGAUCACCUUGUGUCCAGCAAGAAGUAGGCAACCUAAGUGACAAUGAAAUGUACAAACAGGAAUACCUUUGCCUGGGUGUUCAUCUUGGUGUGCUAAUGAAUAUACGCAGAAUAGGGCGCAGCUAAGCGGAUUGGAGUUGGAGAUUGCCAUCAUCAUCGAAGGCGUUGAAAUGCGGCGCUGCAGCUGUAGGUUGAUAGUCCAUGAUC